GUGACUUGCGCGUCGUCCCCCCUUGCGGUCUGCGGAGGCGGAGGGCAGGACCAUAGCAGGGGCACUCCUGCCCUCGAUGAAUAGCUCGUCGCACUGCUCUUCGCUCCUGGCUUUUCUCUGUUGAUCAACCGAAGCUCAUCUACAACCAACGACUUUCGCUCUGCCCACCCCAUGCCACAGUCCGAACUCACCUGUGUCCCACUCGCCCACCCGUUCGCUACCAGUACUUGUUCCUGCUACAGAGCACGCUGCAAAGUCUGCCGCUCAGACGUUUCCCCCCCAUCCACUUCCGCUCCCAUUGCUCGAUUCUCCUCAUAGAACAUUGCCAUCGCAAACUCAACUUCACCGACAAUGUCACAUCAGAACCGUGGUAAGAAGACACCUUCGCUCGAAGAAUUGAGUGCGUCGGACUUGAUGAAGAUGCGGUUUUCCAAGCUCGAGCAAAAAGACCCUCAUGAAUGCGCCCGUGAGGACCUUGAAGAGCUGAUAAAGGCAGCUGUCACCCCUGCGGUUCAAGCUAUGCGGCGCGAGCGGAACGCCCACGUCGCAAUCAACCGUCUUCCUGCCGAAGUGCUCCGGGAGAUAUUCGUGACGACCUGCACCGUCAAGCUGGCUGAAUACAGAUCUGAACACUAUCAAUGCUACAUCUCAACUACCGUCUGGAACCCAACUUGGAUUGACAAGGGCAGAGCAGUCAGUCUCAUGCUUGUCUGCCAUCAUUGGAAAGAGAUCGCCUUGGAAAUUCAGGAGCUCUGGAGUGGCAUUGAAACAUAUUGGGAAGAUGAAGAUCAUAUCUUGCUGGAGAGGUCUGGCCGAGGCCCACUCAAGGUGCUGGCUUGCUGUGAUCCCCUUUAUGAAUAUGCUGUUACGCACGCUCUCCAAAAUGUGGAGCAUUCAUCCCGAAUCCAAGAGUUGUACUGGAUAUGGCCCUUAACACGUCACAGCAGAGAACACCUUGGAAUGCCAGCGCCCUCGCUGAGAUCUCUUGCGUUGCAAAACUGGACGAUACCAGAUGGAUCACUCAAACUCUUCGACGACCACACCCCGUGUCUGGAACGCCUGUCACUAUCAAAUGUGAAUUGGCUGCCCAGCAAUGCGUUCGUCAAACUGACAUUCUUGGCUCUCGAAACUUGCAUGGUAUCUAAACUUCCGAUCAAAUUACGCAGCUUGCUUGCUGGAACACCGAACCUAGUCGAUCUCGUCCUGCGAAAUGUAUCCGACAGCAGCUAUCCGCACAUUCGAGUGGAAAUUGGGGCUGCGGGCAUGAAGCCUGUUUCGCUCACUCGGUUGCGCCGAUUACUGAUCGAGGAGAUGUGGUCUGAUGAUAUCGACUAUGUCUUCCGGGAUGCUCAGCUUAAUGAAGACGCGUCCGUCUCGAUUGCACAUACGCAACGUGAUGAUGAUGAGCAGCGACUUCCGGAAGGGGUAUCCAGUUGGUCGUUGAAUGCCUUGAAGCAACCCAAAGAACUGCAUUUCCAGUCACACGUCGCCAUCGUCGUCGGAGCCUCUUCUGGUUUCCGUUUUGAGGUCUGGAGAUGCACGACACUCGAAGAUUGGAUGGCAUUCAACUGGCCACGGAUUCUUCCCCUUUCCAGCAUCUCGCACUUGUGCAUGUUCGAGUUGAAGGCAUACAAGGGGCGCGGUCUUGAACGUGUGCGCAACCUUCUUAGGCAGAUGACCACGCUUCAGACACUGUCCGUCAACAUUGAUGGCCUGACGCAGAUCGUCGAUAUAUUCACACUCUUCCGAGACCCGACCGGACCGCCUCUCUGUCCCGCACUGACCACGCUACGUAUCGUCAUCCAUCAUGAUCGUGACUGUGACAUCAUCCUGCACUCGAUCCUCCCACGUCGCGCGCAACUUGGCAUCAAGCACCUUGAUGUCGGGCUGAUCGAUCCUUGGUCUAGUGAACACUGGAGACCUCGUCAAAGUGUGAAGAAAAAAAUGCAUGGCAAAUUCGAGUCGAUGAAUUUCGAGACGCUGUUGUAUGAUAAGGCAUACAACAUUACUUUGCCGCUGGUUUGUAGCGAGGAGGCGCAUCGUUUGUGGCCGCCCUGGCUUUAGGUGUCGUGUGGAUGAGAGAUGACGUGGAUUGCGGUGAGACCAAAGUUAGUCUGACGCUCACGGAGCGUGUAUGUAUUAGAGAAGAAACAAUAUGUAUACAGUAUUGUGCUACAGCAGAUGUCAACCUUUGUGAAUGCGAAUGC